CUCUCCCUUAUCCUAAAAUGUCUUCUUGAUAAAAGGAGGAGCGUGAGAGUAAGGCCAAAGAAGACUUUAUCUGAGCUGCGCAGCAGUGUUCUAGAAAGCUUCGUCAGCUCCAGACAUCCCAACGACUUUCCAGCAAGAUGUCCACUCUCCCCAUGAAGACAGUGUUCGCCAUUGCUCUGGUGGCCUUUUCCUUGUUCCAGAUAGGAUAUGCCAUCAAAUGCUACUCUGGUGUUGAUGAUCUUAUGAGGGAAGUUGAUUGCACUAAGUCUUGUAUGAAGAGCGAAAUCAAUUCAAAAUAUGGAGACGCUCAAUCGUAUGGCUGCUUUAGGAAAAAGAUGCCGGACAACUGCACGACUUUAACAGAUGACGACGGCACCGAAACCACGUGUUUCUGUAACACCGACCUCUGCAACAGUUCCGGCGUGACAACGUUGGCCCUACCCGUGAUUGUGGGCUCCUUCCUCCUGAGGAUGGUGAUCUAAAGUCUUCCAAAGAAAAAGAAGAAGAGAACUUUCCCGAAGAGAAGUAAAAAAAAAAAUGCUGUAAUUUGGGUACUUAACAGUUUCUAUGAAUGCUGUUCUUACAUUCGGAAUUUAUUGUAAUUCUUGUUUGAUCAUGUAAACUGUUGCCAUACUCA